UCAGAGAUGAUCGUUCCUGAGUUACUCAGAUACUAGUUAAUCUGGACUCUGUGUCACCUUCUGUCUCCAAGCAGUCCGUGCCCCACACAGAUAAGACAGAAUUAGAAGCCCCUUCCUGGCCUGGAAUCACCUGCACCCCAGAUUUUUCUAAUUUCUUUUUGCCUCCAGGCCCUUCAAUUGCAGAUUGAGUCACACACAGUCACUGCUGUCUCUCACUUUGUAGCUACCCAAGCUGCAAAUUGCAGCGUGUUUUGCCCCUGUACUUUAGCUUAACCAAAUAUUUAUUAUGACGUCCCUCACGUAGACUUUCUUCAUGCCACCACCCUUCGCAGGCCACGUGGGUUAGGGGUGGUAGAAAAGAGGGACUGACGGUAACCGGAGAGCAGAGGGGGGGUGGGGAGGACGUUGGCCUCUUUCUGUGCUUAUAACUGGAUCUGUGACUCAUCUUGUGAGUCACUCAGCUCCACCUCCCUCCUCCAGCUGCCCCUCCCAGUAGCCUUCACUCUUGGCACAAACCUACAACCAGACCGGGAUUCUGAAAAUGGAAAAAUCUGAUAUGGCCCCUUGCUUCUGCAUCCUUCCUUUCAUCCACUAAAACUUCCACUGGUGUGGGGGGUCUGGGAGGUGGUCCUCCUAUUAGCCCUUCGCUGCUGCCCCUUUGCAUUCCUGUGCUGAUCCAAGUCACCCACUUUUUUCUGCCUUCCACCCCCCCCCCCCCAUUCCCCUGAUGUUUUUUCUUUGGAUUCCUCUGCUGCUGCUAUACCUCAAAAUACUAAAGAAUAGAAUGAAGCUCUUGAAUGAAGGGUAGUGGGGAGGAGAAGGAAAGUGGAUAAUGGGAUUUUAAAACUGUGGAACAUGGCUCUUCCUACUGCAAAAGACCUUGGGAAGUAUUUCUUCCUCCAAGAGAUUGAAGCCCAUGGAAAGUAGGUGGGCCUGGGGGGGGGGGGGUGCUUGGGAGCUUUACAACUUCUAGAAUAAGGCUUCUGGGCCACCUUCCUAGCAGGUGUAUGCCUCUUUGUUCCAAAUUAACUUCCUGUCUCACAAUAUCACUAUUUCCACAGUAGCAGCCAAGAUGGGGAACUUUUAAAGCUGAGGCCGGAAGGGUGUGUGUGCUGAGGGGAGGAGAGAGUUGAGUGUCACUUUGGAAAACUGGGGCCCCCACCUAAGGUCUGCCUCUGUACAGACUCAAAAUUAAUAAAACAGCAGCUCAUUAACCCUUAUUUUGUAUUUCAUUUCCUGUCUUUUUCGCAUCUAAAUGCAGAUUUUUGCUUCAAACCCAGGUGCCAUUGACUGCAGUUCCUUUAUUUCCCUCUUAGUGUCCUCACUCACUCCUGCUGCUCUCGUGGCAGGGGGGAAGGUGGGGCAUGGGGCUGUUGAACUAAUAGAAGUUUCCAGCCCUCAGCUUUGAAGGUCCUGAACUAAAUUAUUAAUUUGGAGAUCUGGUGUCUGGGUUGGAGGGAGGGAUGAUGUGCCUGGAAUGGGCUUUGGUUUCCCACUGGUGUGUGUGUGUGUGUGUGUGUGUGUGUGUGUGUGUGUGUGUGUUGGAUUAAGUGGUAAGAUGUCCUCCUUGGGCCUCCCCCUAACCCCAGAACUUGCCCAUAAACACACCUGUACCUGUGUCUGCAUCCUGGAGAUAUUUCAACUUCUCUUCCCAGUUUUCUUAGGACACCCUCCACACAAAGUAUGUUUCAUGCUCUCUGGAGACGCAAAUACAAGAUGCUUUCACUCCUCUCCCUCAUUUCUUGGGCCUCCCCAGGCAAAAAUCUCCUGAGGUCCCAUUUCCUACUACUUUUGUCAGGUGUGUUGGGGAGGCAGCAAGGAAGCUUGAACUGCUUUUUCGUUGGUCCCACCGCUCCAACUCCUUUGAGAAGACAAAAAAAAAAAAGGGUGCCUGGGUGGCUCGGGGUCGUGAUCCCGGGGUCCUGGGAUCCAGUUCCACAUCGGGUUCCCCUCAGGGAGCCUGCUUCUCCCUCUGCCUGUGUCUCUGCCUCUCUCUCAUACAUAAAUAAAAUCUUAAAAACAAGCCUAAAUUAUUCCAGGCUAAUAUUCAGUAUUACUGCUCCCCUCAAAUAGUUUCCAGUGCUUGUGAGCAGAAAGAGCACAGGAUCUGGUAUUGGAGUAAAGAAUCUGGGUCUUGUUUUCCCCAGAUACCCACUUUUCCCUCACCUUUUUUAGGCUCCUCCACUUUUCCAAAACUGUGUGUAUUCCCCUUUAAGGGGCUGGGCAUCUCUCCCGCCCUCCCCAGAGCCGACUGAAGUUUCCGAGGAGCCUCCUCUUGCUGGGUUGGACACACCUUUCAAAAGACCCCUAGUCGCACUCCGUGCACCUCAAAGGAUCUUUUCCCUGGCGCUGUCCCCAGCCACUCUCCCUGACGUCUCUCUUCUCAAACUACAAGAUUCAGCCUCUCCCUAACGGGCUUGAGCAUCUUCAAGGUUUCCCACCCGUCACUGCUCCGUCCCCGGAUGGAGCCAGAGAAAUGUGGUGGGGGGGUCGGGGCCAGAGUUUCAACAUCGCCCCCCAGAAGGUGGAGCCAGACCUGGGGCUCUCUGGACCAAAGUCCGUCCAGAGGACUGGGAUGCUGGAGCCCAGGAGUUGUCAGCUUAGCAGUCACCUGGCUUCGGGAUGCCUCCCAGGGGAGCAGAUCCUAGCAUGGGCCCCAGGAGUGAGGAAGGGACUGGAACCUGAAUUGCCUGGAACCUUGAUCUGCACCAACGUGAGGGUCACCUUCCAGCCUUGUGGAUGGCAGCGGAGUCAGGAGACUCCCCUGAGCAGUGAAUAUGAUUUUGCCCUGGUCAACAUUGGGCGAUUAGAAGCUGUGAAUGGCCUGUCCAGAGUCCAGCUCCUCCGUCCAGGGUCCCCACUUAAAUUUAUCCCUGAGGAGAUCCUCAUUCAUGGCCGAGACUUCCGGCUGCUCAGAGUUGCUUUUGAGGCUGGAGGACUAGAACCACAGGCCUUUCAGGUGACCAUGGCCAUUGUCCAAGCCAGAGCUCGGAGCAGUCAAGCCCAACAGUAUGCAGGGAUACCCCUGAGCAAGGCUGGCCAGAGUUCAGGGUCCAGAAAACCACCUAUUCCCCUCUUGGAGACCUCAGAAGACUGGGAGACUGAGCGGAAAAAGCAGGGGGCCAAGAGCUGGAGGGUCAGCACUGUCAACGAGAGGUUCGAUGUAGCUACCAGCCUUCCUCGUUACUUCUGGGUCCCUAAGCGAACUCUGGACAGUGAGGUCAGGAGAGCAUUUGGCCACUUCCAUCAGGGCCGUGGACCGCGCCUGUCUUGGCAUCACCGUGGGGGCAGUGAUCUUCUCCGCUGUGGUGGCUUCUAUACAGCCAGUGACCCUAACAAGGAGGAUAUCAGAGCAGUGGAGUCAAUGCUCCAGGCUGGGCAUUCAGAUGUUGUCCUGGUGGACACUGUGGAUGAGUUGCCUACUCUUGCAGAUGUCCAGCUUGCCCACUUGAAGCUGAGGGCCCUCUGCCUGCCUGAUUCAUCUGCAGCUGAGGAGAAAUGGCUCUCAGCCCUGGAAGGAACACGAUGGUUGGAUUACGUCAGGUCUUGUCUUCGAAAGGCCAGUGACAUCUCAGUCUUAGUGACAUCCAGGGUUCGCUCUAUAGUACUACAAGAGCGCGGUGAUCGUGAUUUCAAUGGCCUCCUCUCUUCACUCGUCCAGCUGCUUUCAGUCCCUGAAGCCCGAACACUGCUUGGCUUCCAAUCACUAGUACAGCGAGAGUGGGUGGCAGCUGGACAUCCCUUCCUGACCCGGCUUGGGGUAACUGGAGCCAGUGAAGAGGCUCCAGUGUUUCUCCUCUUCGUUGAUUGCGUCUGGCAGCUCCUCCAGCAGUUUCCAGCUGAGUUUGAAUUCUCAGAAUUUUUCCUUCUUGCUCUUCAUGACAGUGCCAGGGUUCCUGACACUCUCACGUUUUUGAGAGAUACUCCUUGGGAGCGUGGAAAACAGAGUGGACAGUUCAACUCCUAUACACAGAUCUAUACCCCAGGGUAUUCCCAAACUCCUGCUGGGAACUCUGCUAACCCACAGCUGUCUGUCUGGGACUGGGAUUUACGCUAUAGCAGUGAACAGAUCCUACAAUUCCAUAAUCCUGGCUAUGACCCGGAACACUGCCCGGAUUCCUUGCUCCCUAGGCAGCAGCCAAGCUUCAUGGUUCCUGGACCCCCAAAUUCUGUGUGGCUCUUCUCCAGAGGGGCCCUGACCCCACUGAAUCAGCUCUGUCCUUGGCGGGACAGCCCCUCCCUGCUGGCAGUCUCUUCUCGUUGGCUCCCUAGACCUGCUAUCUCCUCUGAAAGCCUGGCUGAUCAGGAGUGGGGGCUCCCCUCACAUUGGGGAGCUUGCCCUUUACCCCCGGGAUUGCUGCUGCCUGGAUAUCUGGGACCCCAGAUCAAGCUGUGGAGACGCUGCUACCUGAGGGGAAGGCCUGAGUUCCAGGCCUCUCAGCUCCCACAAUCUCUGGCCUCCAGGAUGAGCUAUCCCAUCUUCAGGAGCUUUUAAGGAAAUGGACACCAAGAGUAUCUCCUGAGGAUCACUCCAAGAAAAGAGAUCCAAAUACCAUUCUUUCCCAGUCCCGUUGAAAUUGUUGUCUUUUUUAUGGGCAUGGCAGAGGGGGUCCGGGGUGAGGGAAGGUUCUGUCUAAUCCUCCAAUUUUUCUUAUCUUGGUCUUGCUGUCUCAGCUUUUGACACUCCAGCCCUCAACAAGCUCACUGACCUUUCUGUUGCAGAUGGGUGGUGCUAACCUUCUCCAACUCUUGCCCUGUCCUGUUUCAUUCUCGAGAUAUGUUUCUCAUGAUUUGAGGAAUUAAGAAACAAAAGCAAUCCAGAAUACGAUUACCUUUGUUCUUUUCAGGGCAAUUCCAUCCCUCUGGAUACCCAGCCGAUAAGCUGUGAGAUGAGAGAUGCUGUUCAUCAGUUCAAAGGAGAUGGCCUACAGAACUCAUUCUCACCUCCUCUUGCUGCUUAAUUCCAAUUUCUGUUUCUUCCCUCUGGUUUUCUAUGGGUAUGCUAGUGGGUAUGGGACACAUCCUGUCUCUCCCAAUUGUAUAUUUUGUAGUGACAUUUCUAUUUAACGAGUUCAUUAAAGUACAGUUGCUGGCAUUA